GAAAAUAGAGAAGUGGGUGACGUUCUCUCUCUCAAAAGUUCUUUUUGAAUAGGCUUUGAAGAACCUCCGUUUGCUGUAAGCGAUCUAUCUCUUCUCCUUUCAAGAGAGAAGUAUGAAACGGGCCUUAAACUAUAGCCAGGAGACAGAUCCGAAUACUGAAUACCCACACUCGAGUAAGGGUGCGGUUCCUUCUCCUCCGGGGACGAGUUUUUAUUUCAUAAUAAAGGAUGGAGUCUCGCUCAGACCUUUCUUUGCUCAUAUAAUGUGGAUUCGCUUGCCCUGGCCUGAGAGAUUGAAAACUCCUACUGGGUCUGCAACUUGAUCGAAUGCGGAAGGAAUUCGAUUCUCCCUGGCUUAAAAGGAACUCCCUUUAUCUGUCAAUGACUCUUCUGAUACUGGAGAGCUCACUUCACUUUCUGGCAGGAACUUCAGAUAUACCUUUUUUCUUUGCCUUACCCAUUUUUAAGAAUACAUACUGGCUUGCUUG